UGCGUUGUUCAUCUGUUUAUUUUCAAUCCAGAUUUUAUCCCUGAAUUUUUUUCUAAACUUAGGAAAUAUUCUCCUGUGUUAAGAUCAGUUUAGUAUGGUCUAAUGCCCUGAUACAUUUCUGUAUUCAUAUGCUACACUUAGGAGUCGUAUAGUAAACGGAUUAGUUAUUUCGGAAUUAUAAUCUCCACACUAAUUUAUUUCAUCUCUCACGUUGGGAUAAAAUGAUGACAAAUUGAAUGGGAUAAGGUAUAUCUCCAGAUUAAAGUUGUACCAUAAUCUAAUUCAACUCAUCUUGCGUACCAAACAACCCCUUAGAGCUCCAAAGAGAAAAAGUGCUUGACUGGGCUGGGGGAAAAAAGAAGGCAUAAAAAAUUAUUUUAGGGAGAAAACUAUUUCUAAGGGAAAAAUUCUUUUGUUUUGUUCUGAUUUCUGUCCUUAUUUCUGUUCAUUUUGCUUUUCUUUUAGUCAGUUGAACUUAGAUUAUAUCCACUGACAAAUGACAAUGUAUAAUAUUUUCUAAGUUACUAUGCAAUCAAGAUUGGUUGAAGAAGGCAUUUUGCUAAUAUUGUUGAGCAGGUUAUUGUUACAUAGAUUGUGUAAAUAUUCGUUGCGCCAACUAGACGGUAUAUGUUUUACUUAAGGCAAACAUGUUUUUUUUUUUUUUUUGGAUAUAUGUAAGUUGUUGAAUCUGUUUAGCAUGAGAUUAUCGUUACUAUUAUUGGAACCCCUUGUUUGAAUUUGUGGCUCCGCCAUUGGUAAUAGACUCAAAAAUGUACUAAAGGGCAGCCCGGUGCACUAAAGCUCCGGCUAUGCGCAGGGUCCGAGGAAGGGCCCCACCACAAAGAAUUUACAAUGGAAGGAGAAAUGGUAGCACUUCUCUUUGUAGCAUUUCUUUGCUCGACUAAUGCGUAUGAGGUCAUGGUAUCUUGUAUGAUGGCCUAUGAUGAGGGAGGUGCUUCAGCAGUUCUCAGCUCUCCUGAAUGUCCUCGGUGGGAUUUUUCUGCUGCGAUUAAAAAUGGAACAGAUGAUUGCCUGGUAGCGACACAUCAGGGGCGUAGGAAAUACCAAGAAGAUCGUAUUAGAUGCUAUCCUCACGUUACUGUGCCUGUUUUAGGCGAAGAUGGACUUAACGAAGCUAGUAUGGGUGUAGCUGCAGUGUUUGAUGGACAUGGAGGCAAGGAAGCAAGUGAGAUGGCUUCUCAGAGGAUUUUAGAUUACCUUCUAUUGCACGUUAUAUUCAACACAUACAAGAAUCUCUUUUCGCAUAGUAAGGAGCAUGAAGAAGCAGGUCCAUAUGGAUUGAAAUUCAAAGUUGAUGAUGAAUCGACACAUGGAAUUCUAGAGAAAGCCCUCUUGAGAACAAUCCAAGACAUAGAUUCAGAGUUUUCGCAGGAAGCUUUGAAGAAUGACUACGUCUCUGGAUCAACUGCAAUAGUUGUUCUUUGGAUGAAUGGUAAGAUAUUAGUUGGUAACCUGGGUGACUCAAAAGCACUCGUAUGUUCGAGGAAAGCUCAUUUUGAUCAGGACAAUGAAGGAGAUUUCGUCACAAGACUUCAAGCUGAGGAACUAACAAACGAUCACCAUCCUGAUAGGGAUGAUGAAAAGGCAAGAAUUCAUGCAGCUGGUGGAGUUGUCCUCACUGUUGGGGUGCCUCGUGUUAAUGGUAUAUUGGCUGUCUCGCGGUCUAUUGGAGAUAUUCGCUUGAAAAGAUAUGGAGUUAUCGCAGAACCAGAGGUCACGGGUUGGAGACGUUUGUCAAAUGAAGACUGGUAUGUAGUGAUAGGAUCUGAUGGCAUAUUUGAGAGAUUGAGUCCACAGGAUGUCUGUGAUAUUUUACGCGGAAAACAUGCUGUCGAGAACAAGACAUCCAUCGACUCAUCCUCCUCUUUAGCAGACUGCAUUGUCUACAAUGCAUUUAGUAAAGGUAGCAGUGAUAAUUUGUCUGUUAUUGUGAUUCCAUUGAGACAAGAAUCUCCUUCAAUGGAACAAAAAGAACAGAUGUAAAAUGUUGUUCAUUCAAGUAUGCUUUGCAACUUACAAAAAAUUCCGUUACCGGGAAUCGAACCCGGGUCUCCUGGGUGAAAGCCAGAUAUCCUGACCGCUGGACGAUAACGGAGUCGUUUGCUUAACUCGCGCAUACAGAUUAUUAAAUACCAAAUGCAGACUAUUAAAUACCAAAAGAUAACACUAUUACUACUACUUGUUUAG